AUGUCUUUUAACCCUGAUAAGGAAUUUGCUGAAAUGGAAGAUGAAUUUACUUUGUGGAAACUAAAAUCUUUGUCAGCCUAUCAGGCUCAACUUACUUGUCUGCAUCGAAUGAAGAAUGAAGUCUUCCAGUUGAAGUCUAUGGUGAACCUUCAGCAUCAACUAAUUCUGAAACUUUUUGGAGAGAAUGAACAAUUCUCACAGCGAAAAGAUAACAUAAUGAGCAUCAAACAGAUAUAUGCGGAUACAACAAAUGAAACAACUGAUGAGAAAACAGGAAUAGUGUCUCGGCAUGAAUGUCCAGAUGGCAACAUUUUGACAACUGUAGGGAAUAACACCUUCAUCACUUUUCGCCCUUCUAAAGUAAAGAAGACCAGUGAACCAGAUUAUAUACAUGUGGUGAAUUCCUUGACUGAUGUUAUUCGAAAGUUCAAGAUUGACAUGGAAAAUGAUGCCAGACAAGCUGACUGCCAUAUCACCUGUGCAAUUACAGGCAUCACCAAAGCUUUUGUUGCUGACCAAAGAAGCCAGACCCAUGAAACUUCUGAAGCACAGGCCCAGCUAACAAGAAAUAGUCCAUCAUCACAAUAUUCUUCUCGAGCAAGGCAUAGGAUGUAUUUCUGCAGCCACCAGCCUAUAAAAACUGAAAAGUUACAAGAAAUAUUAGAAAGAGGUUUCACAAAUGAAGAUUUCAGCAUUGGAGAUUUAGGAGAAGGCUUACAUUUUUGCAGGAGUCCAUUUACGGCUGCCCAUUUUUCUGUGCCUGGAAAAUUACUUUUAGCUGAAGUACAACUUGGAAGAAUCAAGUGUGAUUUCCAAAUGCCUUCUGAAGAAGAGAAAUGCCAAUGGGGUUCAGUGCUGACAGCUGUACCACAGAAUAACUCCUCAAGUAAUAUUAGAAGCAGUCGGAAUUUUCUUGAGGAAUACCUGGUUUUGAAGGCAGAACAAGCUGUGCCAUUGUGUUUGAUUGAAUAUGUAGUGUCAAAAUCAGUUUCUGAUUACAAACCCUUGAAGUAG